AUGUCGACCACACUCACAAUUCAUCACCUGCGAAAAUCUCAAUCUGAGCGAAUUCUUUGGCUCUGUGAGGAACUCGGCAUUUCAUAUAACCUUCAAUGCCAUGACCGUGUGCCUCCCGCCAUGCUGGCUCCCGAGAGUCUCCGUCAACUCCACUGGUCCGGCACAGCACCUGUCAUUCAAGAUGGAGAGAUCACACUUGCCGAAUCUGGCGCCAUAUUCGAAUACAUCCUGACAAAGUAUGGCAGCGGCAAGCUGGUGCUUCAACCAACCAACCCAAAUUAUGCAGACUACCUUCUCUGGCUCCACCAAGCCAAUGGCACUUACAUGCCCGCAGUCACCUCCCUCCUGAUGGCUCGAAUGAUUGGAGACAGUGACGAAAGCCCCACCCAGAAAAUAAUGCAACAAAGAGCCAAUGCAAACCUUCAUGCCAUGGAACAGCAACUUGGGAAAUACCCUUAUCUCGCUGGCAAUGAGUUCACGGCUGCUGAUUGCAUGUCUGUGUUUGGCUUGACGACCUUCCGUCUUUUCAUCCCCUCCAGCCUUACGGAAUAUCCGAACAUUGUCAGCUGGCUACAGCGGGUCGGAAAACGUGAGGCGUACCAGCGGGCCAUGCAGAAGGGUGAACCGGGUUUCGAACCUAUGCUUUCAGCUGUGCCUCAAUUACCUUCACAGUGA